AUGGCAGAAGCACCCCAAAAAGAUCCCAUCACCUGCCACGUCCUCGAUACAACCACCGGCCGACCCGCGCCUGGUAUAAAAGUCACUCUCUAUAAUCCCACAGUCAAAUACGCCUUUAACGCGAUCACCAAUGAAGACGGCCGAAUUUCGAACUGGAGUCAGACAGAUUCUGAGGUCGAGCCGAGGGGGAGUGUCCGCGAGACUUUGGAGUGGAUAAUUCAGAACCACGCUGAGAAUGGUGGGAAUGAAAAUGGUCCAGAGAUGGCUUCAUGUCCAGUCGAGUCGAGCAUUUGGGAGAUAGAAUUCGAUACUGGGAGUUAUUACGGUCUCAAGAAUACCUUCUUCCCCAAGGUGAAAUUGACAUUUCUUGUCAAGGAGGGUCAGCACUAUCACGUUCCGUUGUUACUUGGGCCAUAUAGCUUCACAACAUAUCGGGGAAGUUAG